ACCGGGGGUCCAACGGCUUUUCCCUUGGCUUGAACAUUCAGAACGUCGACCAAUGGGCAGCGGGGCACCGGUGAUUGACCGUAACAGGAGGCGGGGUUUCCUCUUGGGGUGUGGCGCAGGCCGUGACCGCGUCUUCUAACUGAUUUGGUGAGGAAAAUCAACACUGAAACCCCGGUAUUGAAGAUAUCCAGACUGGGCAAACUAACAAAGAACAAAAUUAAGACCAGCGUGCACUUUCACCUCUUCGAGAAAGCAUUACAAAAUAAGGAUCCAGUCAGUGGGCGGAAUCUGAUUUGAUCUAAUUGACGGAGGGGGUAACCAAUCCGGAGGAGAAGCCUCCCGUCUUCAGGGUCAACGCCUGUAUUUUUAACAUAUUCCCGAUUGACGGGCGGAUCGACCAAUCGGGAGUUAGAGCGGGCAUGAGGGCGGGACGUCCACCAUCGAUUGACAACAUUAUAGACCAAUAAACGGUUGAAGUGAUCCCGAUUGAUGGGUGAGAUGCCCAAUGACUUGCUAGGAAUGCGUGCAUGGUCCCACCCUACCCUUCGGUGAAGUUUUCGUCCGUCAGUUGGGUAAUGAAUGGGGAGUCGGUAGGUCCGGCUCAGGGAUCGUGUAGGGCGGACGGACGGACUGAUUUAAAGCGUGUUUCUUUUUUUAAAAAGAACUUGCGGUGGAAUCAUUCUGUGUUGAGGAAAACAAACAAAAGUUCCCCUCAAGGGUCGCGCGUGCGGUUUGUGUUGUUGCUGCGGUGUGGCCGACGGAGAAGGAUGGCCGAGCUGGUGCAGCGUCUGGGCGCUUGUUUCCCGGCCUGUCAGUCCAGCCAGAGCGAGCGGGCGCAGCGCCGCAGGAGCCGGGAGAUUGAUGCCUUACUGGCCCGGGAGAGGCGCUACGUCCGGCGCCUGGUCAAGAUCCUGCUGCUCGGGGCCGGCGAGAGCGGCAAAAGCACUUUCCUUAAACAGAUGAGGAUCAUUCACGGCAAAGACUUCGACAGCAAAGCUCUGGAGGAGUUCCGGGACACCAUCUUCGAGAAUGUUAUUAAGGUAUCUCAGCAAAUACAAUAAAAGUGUGGGAUGGUGGGUGAGGAAUUAAUCUGGUCUCUCUGUUAUCGUUUUCGACCGAAUUAUAUUGCCUUCACAUGCACAGGUUUAGAGGUGGCCUUAAGAUGAUGGUGUCCAAUUAUCUACAGUUUCGUUGACAAACAGUUUAAAAUUGAAAGUAUUUUGAUCCCCACCGGAGAUGUGCUUCAAAGCUGUUACAUCCCAUGUAGAUGGAAUACGGCAUUUUCCGUAUGUCUCUCUUCAUGCUCAUAUUUGUGCAUCGUGAGCAU